ACUGAGAAAAUAAGAGUCUGAGUUUCUAGAACUGACGUGGUUCAAUUUCCAGGGUCUUGACCGACUUCCUCCCGUUCACCAAAGCGUUGUCGUCGUACAAACAGCUUUUUGAAGAUGAUAAAAUAGAUGAAAUUGAACGCGUGAUUGAAGAAAAGCGCUACCAUUAUGCUCAAGAAGAUGAACCCGAUGAAGUGGCAGAAAAAGUCAUCACCAACCUUGGCCAGUUAGCAGCAUCCUCCAACCAACAUGUACAGUAGCUUUUAGUAUUAAAAAUGUAGUCUUUUUUAUAAAGAAAUUUUUUGAGUUUCCGUCACGCUUUCCCCGUUAUUUUCCUCUUCUGCUCAUCAUUGAAGCUUCAACAGCAUUCAUGUUGCGUACUACUUACUCGCCGCUUUCAACAGCAUUCCGUGUCGCAUUGCAGGGUCGACGAUCCUUUUCGCAGUCUCACUUUCUCGCUAACAAGCGGUGGUCUGACCUCGUUCAUCGCACCAAGGCGGCUUCUCACAUCCAUGAGAUUUCCGCUGCGGAGCUGAACAACCAUAUUCAAGGCCAGAGUCCUAGUUCGUCUGAAACUGCUCCAGUUAUCAUUGAUGUUCGCGAGGGCAGCGAAUUAGAGUUGGGCAAGAUUCCACAUGCUAUUUCCAUCCCGCGAGGCGUUCUGGAGUUGAGAAUCGAAAAAAUCGUCAAUAUCGACUCCAACAGACCCAUUGUCCUUUAUUGUGCUGGAGGUUUACGUAGUGUCAUGGCAGCUGAAGCAUUGCAGCGAAUGGGAUAUGAUAAUGAGAAAAUCAAGAGCCUUAACGGAGGCUUUGAACUCUGGAGAGAAGAAGGCUAUGACAUUGAGUGCUAGAUAUUGUACUAUUACUGCAUCACAUCCAAAAAUUACAAUGAAAUAAAAAUACCAG